GAAACGACUGAAACGGACAGCCAUGAGCACGCCUCGACGAGGAGUUAUGAUCACGGAUCUAGAUCAGAGCGAACCGGAGCAGGAGAAGGAGAAGGACAAGGAGCAGGUGAAGCAGCCGGCACGCCCAAACAACGCCUCAGCCACGCAGCCGAAGCGGCAGCGCAAGGUGCUGCAGACGUUGACGGGCAAUUUUAGUCGCAGGUCGCGCAGCGUUGAGGUGGAGCAGCGCCUGGCGGAUGGAGUUACGGCCAGUGGCAAGAAGAAGCAGCAGCAGCAGCAGGAGCGCACGCUCAACGGACUGCUGCAAGCCAAGGAACAGCAGCUGGAUCAGCUUCUCCAGCGCCUGGCCACGCUGCACAAAUACAACGAGCAGUUCGCUCGGGAGAACGAGCAGCUGCGCACGCAGAGCGAGCAGCUGGAGCAGCGUCUGAGCCAGGCGGAGCAGCGUUUGGCCAAUUGCGAGCGCUGCCAGCAGCUGGAGCAGCAGCAGACCGUACUGCUGCAGCAGAAUCAGGAGCUGGCCAACGAUGUGGAUAUGCUCAAAACUCUGGUCUUUCGACUGAAUGUGCAAAUCGAAAGCUAUCAGGAUCAGCGACGCACGGCGGAGGAGACAACAGCAGCAGCACCGACUACGUCCAACUGCCACACGGUGCCCGCCUGGAGCAGCCAGCUGCCGACGCACACGCUGACGCCUCUGCUACAGGCCUACGACGAGUCGAUGCGGGACAAGGAUGCGCUGCUCGCCCAAUACGCCGCCGACUUUGAGCUGUUCGCCAAUGAGCUGAAGCGUGCACUGGAGGAGAAUACGCGACUGCUGCAGACGCAGGAGCAGCUGCGUCGCGAUGUCGGCGGCUGGACGGAGGAGCGUGUGCGUCUGCAGGCGCAGCUGGGCGUCUGCCGCACCAAGGCCGAAACGCAAACGCGCAAAACGGAUCUGGUCAAGGAGAAGCUGGUGGAGGUCAUGCAUUUCUAUGAGCAGCGCAAUCAGUCGCUUCUACUGGACAUGAAUCAUCUGCAGGAUGCAUUUGCGCGCUGCAAGUCGGAGCUGGUUACGCUCAAGAGCACAGCGAUGCCCACAACGCCGCCAGCUGCUGCUGCUUCUCCUCCUGCUCCAGCAGAGGUCACGCCCAGCGCCGUGGAAGCGGCGGCCGUGCAACAAUGCAAAACGCUGCUGGAGCAGCUGAAGCAGGAGCAUGCCAGGGAGCGCGCCGCGCUGGAGGAGCAGCUGCAGGCGUGCAACACACGCGCCGGUUCGCUGCAGCGCAGCUGCGAGAAGGCCAAGCACGCCCGGGAUCGGCUGAAGGCGCGCCUGCGCAUGACUUUGCAGUGGGCGCAAAAACUGGAGGCCGGCCAGGUAGAGCUGCGCGAGACAUACGAUGCAGUGCAGCAGCUCUCGACGCUACUCAAGCACAAGGAGUCACAGCUGCGCGGCAUGCAUGUGCGCAACACCGAGGAGCUGGACAAGCUGCGGCACAAGCUCCAGCAAAAAGACGAGACCAUACGCAAUCUGCUGCGCAGCAAAAUGGAGCGACGUCCGGCCGUGGAUUAGGACAAGGAGGAGGAGGAGGGUGGUCCACAAUUUGGAU